GGUAAAGUUCACGGUUCUUUGGCUCGUGCCGGUAAAGUCAAGUCGCAAUGCCCCAAGGUUGCCAAGCAAGAAAAGAAGAAGCCUUUGACUGGUCGUGCUAAGAAGAGACAAACGUACAACCGUCGCUUCGUCAACGUUACCACUUCCUUCGGUGGCAAGCGCAGAAUGAACCCUGCCCCUACCCAGGGUCCUUAG